GCCGGUGCAGAGAGUGAGACACACCGAGAGCGAGAGACCUCUGGAGCGUCUGAGGUUACUUCUAACUUUACGCUCUAUUUAUCAUCUAGAUUCCGUCUACUUUAAUUCACAAUGUCUACAUCGGGGUCGUUGGAUCGAGUGGAACUCUGUGAAAGUCUUCUGACAUGGGUUCAAACAUUUGGUGUAGAGGCUCAAUGUAAGACCGUAGAUGACAUGACAAGUGGCAUUGUCAUGGCUCAGGCUCUACAGAAAAUCGACGAAGUCUAUUUCAAUGAUGCUUGGAUUAGUCGAAUCAAGCCCGAUGUGGGGGACAACUGGAGGUUAAAGGUCAGCAAUCUAAAGAAAAUUCUCAAGGGUAUCCUAGAUUAUAACCAGGAGAUUCUUGGGCAACACAUAAACGACUUCACGCUACCUGACGUCGGUCUCAUUGGAGAACAUUCUGACCCCGCAGAACUUGGGAGGAUGCUUCAACUAAUUCUAGGUUGUGCUGUCAACUGUGAACAGAAGCAAGAAUAUAUCCAAACCAUCAUGAUGAUGGAGGAAUCAGUUCAGCAUGUCGUCAUGACAGCCAUCCAAGAGCUGAUGAGUAAAGAAACGCCAGUGACAGGAGGGAAUGACUCCUAUGUGGAUCUUGACAGACAGUUGAAGAAGUCUGUUGAGGAGCUGAAUGAAGCUUUGGCCACAAAAGAGGAGAUUUCCCAGAGGUGUCGUGAACUGGAUAUGCAGGUCGCAGCUCUGCAGGAGGAAAAGAGCAGUUUGCUAGCAGAAAACCAGGUUUUAAUGGAGCGACUCAAUCAGUCAGACUCCAUUGAAGAUAUUAACAGCCCUGCUGGACGCAGACACCUCCAGUUACAGACACAACUAGAGCAACUGCAGGAAGAAACAUUCAGGUUGGAGGCUGCAAAAGACGACUAUCGGAUCCGUUGUGAGGAGCUUGAAAAGGAACUCCUAGAUGUAAGGUCACAGAAUGAAGAACUCACGUCUCUAGCUGAUGAAGCCCAGUCACUCAAGGAUGAAAUGGAUGUCCUUAGGCAUUCAUCCGACAAGGUGUCAAAGCUUGAGGGCACAGUAGAACACUAUAAGAAAAAACUUGAAGACAUGGGACUUCUCAGGAGACAGAUUAAGCUUUUGGAGGAAAAGAAUACUGUGCUAAUGCAGACCAACAUAAGCUUAGAAGAAGAGCUUCGAAAGGCUAAUGCCACCAAAGGCCAGUUAGAGACGUACAAGAGACAGGUUGUGGAACUUCAGAACAGACUGUCAGAAGAAUCGAAAAAGGCCGACAAGAUGGAGUUUGAGUACAAACGUGUCAAAGAGAAAGUAGACUCUUUGCAGAAAGAAAAAGAUCGUAUGCGAACAGAGAGAGAUUCUUUAAAGGAGACCAUUGAGGAGCUGCAUUGUGUCCAAGCUCAAGAGGGGCAGCUUACAUCAGGUCUUCUUCCACUAACCAGCACUGAUGGCACUGAUUCGUUGGCAGCUGAGAUUACAACGCCGGAGAUUCGGGAGCAUUUAAUUCGCCUUCAGCAUGAGAACAAAAUGUUGAAGCUGGCUCAGGAGGGCUCGGAUAACGAAAAGAUUGCACUUCUACAGAGUCUGCUGGAAGACUCUAACCGAAGGAAAAGUGAACUUGAGACGGAAAACAGAUUAACCAACCAGCGCUUGAUGGAGGAACAAAGUCAGAUAGAGGAGCUACAGAAGAAUCUCCAAGAGCAAGGCUCUAAAGCAGAUGAUUCCACCAUAAUGAAGAAGAAAUAUGCAGAGCACAUGGAGAAACUACAAGAGGUGAACAAUGAGUUACUCAAGAAGAAUGCCUUCAUUGAUGAGCUGGAGCCUAAAUAUGUUGCUACCUCUCAACGAGUGGAUGAACUUGAAGAGGCCUUAAAAAAGAAAGAUGAGGAGAUGAAACAGAUGGAGGAGAGAUAUAAGAAAUACCUGGAAAAAGCUAAGAGUGUUAUCCGUACUCUGGAUCCUAAGCAGAACCAGGGCUCGGGUCCAGAAGUUCAGGCCCUCAAGAACCAGCUGCAAGAGAAAGAGAGGAUGUUGCACUCGUUGGAGAAAGAGAUGGACAAAACAAAAAGCCAAAGGGAUUAUGAGGAGAAACUGAUAGUUUCAGCCUGGUACAAUAUGGGAAUGACUUUCCAAAAGAAGGCGGCUGAAGACAGAUUGGCCAACACUGGCUCUAGUCAAUCUUUCCUGGCCCGCCAGAGGCAAGCCACCAGUUCCCGCCGCUCCUACCCAGGCCAUGUCCAGCCAGCUACCGCAAGGUAGAAAGGCAAAAAAAUGCGACAGCAAAACUACCAUACAAAGCCCUGAAAAGUUGCUUUCAACUUCUGGCUAUUGAUUUUCUAUGUUUUUUCCAUCCUUCUUCCUAAUCAGAUCCGUGAGGUAGAGAUGCCAGGCAAGACUGCCAAAAUAUUUCACCACUUUUUUUUUGCCAUUCAAAUGUAUUUUCCCCUGAAUCAAGUGAUGGCACAGAAUAUACAGCCUAGCAUUAUUCUAUCAGGCAUAAUUAAUCUACUUGAACACAUUGCUCACCACUUUAACCCCACCUUCUACGUUCAGUUCUCAUGCAAGAUUCUACCUACAUCAGUCUAAAAGGCUCUGUUGCCACCAACUGAAAAUGUUAGCUUUUUAGGUUACUUAUUUGAUAUCAUGGAUUUAUUGUUUCUAUUCAUUCAGAACUCUCCUUAUUUUUCAGCUCUUAACUCCAAAAUGAGCACAUGAGGAAAAUAUGUUGUCUACAAGUGUUUGCAAUAAUUUCAGAAGGGUUAAAGCAGACAUGUUCAAAGUCCGGCCCGGGGGCCAAAUGUGGCCCAUGGUCAAAUUUCAUCCGGCCCCCAGCCUCUGUCAUAAAAUCAAUAAAGUCUGGCCCGCACACAGACUUAAUAAAUUGGUCAGCAGUACUGCUACCAGCAUUGGAAAUAGCUUACACACUAAAUGCUGCUCCUCAUUUACCCACUAAAAGGCAGCAGCACUCUAAGCAACAUUACCCCCAUGUGACCCUUUACUCCCAAUUUUCUAAAAUGGCGACAAUCAACAAAAAAAAAGAAAGUUGACUGCGACGGCCGACGCUUCGAGGAUAGGUGGAAAUUGGACUAUUUCUUCACUAAAAUACACAACAAAUGCGUCUGCCUCAUUUGAAAAAAGACGGUCGCUGUUUUUAAAGAGUUCAAUGUGAGACGAUAUUAGCAAACAAAACACGCUGACACGUAUGACAAGAUUACAGGGAAUAUACGUAGCGAGAAAUUGAAGCAACUUGAAGCUAGUUUAAUUUCACAGCAGCAGUAUUUUGCAAGAGCCCGAGAGAUGAAAGAGAACGCCACCAAGGCUAGUUGCGAGAUUGUUGAAAUUAUUAGUUGAAAAAAAAAUAAAGCAAAUGUGACAAACAGAAUGGCUUGCUAAAAUUUGCUCAAAUAUAUUGUUCUACGUAAAGGACGUCAGCCCAGCCAAGGUCGGCCCCCCACAUUUUUACCACACCAAAUCUGGCCCCCUUUGCAAAAAGUUUGGACACCCCUUGGUUAAAGGCUUCACCAGCAUAUACGUGGUUCACUCAUAAAACAUUUAGUGCCGAAAUUGAAUUGGAGUAUAUGCAUGCUGUGAAGAAAUCAGUAUUGAAACGACUUCAUCUACUGAAAGUGAAAAUAUAUAUAUCCCAUUUAAUCACCCCCCCCCCCAUGAUCCUCAUUAACCCUCAGACUUUGAAGAAUUAAUAUUGUUAAUUUAUCAUUAAUGAAACCCUUGACAUUACAUUAUUUAAAUUGUGGCCACAAAAUACAUAGUAUUUGGGUUGACAAAGGUGUGUACACAAAACAAAAAUUAAGGUUACUGUCGUUCCUUGGCAGUUGGGUAAGCAAAAAGCAAAACUGAAAUUGACCUUCUUAAUUAACUGUGUGUAAUAUAAAAGUGUUUUUCACCAUAAUGAGACAACCCACAAACUAGUUACCGUAUUUUUUCCUGGUAAAUGUUAUCUUUUUCUAAGCCACAAUUUAAAAUAUUUUACCACAUCACUUCUGGGGUUUCGUAGUCAUCCGCUUAAACCAAGGCCAGAAUUUGCUGCUAACUCAUGCCCAGCUAUUUGACCAUUUUGUUCUCCUCCCUCCCACUAACAGCAAUAUCCCAGCAUGAUCGGCACACCAGUGACCCGGCCUGGUGCGGCCGGGCUCGUCUGUGAUCUGUGCUGGCGAAACCCAAGGCGCACGAUGCAUGAAAUACCUGCCUGCCAACUCUUUGCAUGACCUUGCAUUGACUGUGAGUUAACACAGCGUACAGCCAGCAGCAUGAGCACUAACAGCCGUCUGCAACACUGCAAAUCGCAGACGCGCCAGUAGGGGGAGCCGUGGGAAAAGAAAAGUCUUUACCCCUUGCCGCCAUGCUUCUUUAUUCAUCCAUAUCCUUUUCCUAUCCCUUUUCUACUGUCAAUGUUCCUUAUUUGUUCCUCACGGACACGCGUGCUAGUGCUUCCAACCUGCAUCAGGUCUGUUAAAACUGCCUCUUACGAAGGUCUCAAACAGGCCCAGAACAGAAUAGUGAAAUAUGUCCUGAAUACCUCAACAGCAUUUUUCUACAUGUUCAAUAGUGAGUAGAUGUCAGUAUUUGAUAGGAAAAUUAUCUGAAGAAGAAGAAAAAUUAAAUAAUAAUAAAAAAAAUAAAAUAAAGAUCGACCCUUUAAAUAAAGAAUGCUCCAAUGUGGGGCACUUUGUUUUGGUGUUUAGAAAAAAAAAAUCCAUGAAAAACAUGGCUUAUUUUAUUCAAUGUGACUUCAGGACAUGUUUAAUGGGUUUUUACCUUAAGUUUUAGCUGACUGGCAUAGGAUAGGAAAAUGUUCAUACACCAUAUAAAAUUCACACAUGUCCACUUUCAAUACAGACCCACUUCAAGUAUUUUUCUACGCUAGAACAUAUCCAGUUAGUAUGUAUUUUGUGACCUAAUGUAGAUUUGAUUAUCAUGUAUUUCGUGUACUUGAACAUACAGCAAGCAUCCAUUGCGUGUUACAGUAAUGUCCAAGAAAUUAGGAACCAGUAUUGAGCCGAAUGUAAGUAUUCCUACUUGUGAAUCAUUUGUAAAAAUGGAUUUAAUAGAUAAGCUAAUUAGUAGUACUUUUUUUAUUGGAAAGACUAAGCAGAUGAAAGUCUCGCCUCGAAAUUGUUUUUCCCCAUUGAGUGCAACUUUGAAAUUAGGUCAACGUUAUCAGGCAGGGGUGGUGCACAUAUGAAGCGUCAUAUUGUUAAUUUUGUAUAGCUUUUUAAGCAUAUUUAUAUUUUAUUUGCAGGGACUGAUAUAGGUCAACAUAUUUAGAAGUGGUGGUUACAUGCAUGUUACAGGCAUAAAUGCUUACUUUGACACACAACAGUUGGUAAAAUCCUCCAGUGUAGUGCCUUUGUUACUGGUGCGAUGAUGAAUUAGGCAGUGACCAAGCUGACCUUUUAUUGUCAUUUUGGAAAGGAAAAUAAUAGGAAAUGAGCAUCAACCGCAUAGUUGAUCAUGAAUCUGGGUUGGUUAGGGCUUAUUUUUUUCAUAUUUUACUCAAUACAUAAUAUGUGUAACGGUUAUCUUUUGCAGUGUGCUUUUUUUUUUAUUUUUUUUUUUACUUUUUAAUCCUUCAUGGUUAUUUAUUUUAUGUCUUGUGCUGCAAUUUGUGUUACAUUACCACUUUAACAGUUCCAUAUUGUUAAAUAAUUGUCUUAUACUGUUGAACAAGGAAGUGGUUUCAUGCAGUGCUUUUUAUCGUUUAUUAAAAUGACACAGGUUAACAGUCAGCUACAAUGAAUUUUGUGUGUUACCUUUAUUGCUUUACAGGGAAAUGGCCAUUUCAGGUCUUAAUUGUUGAAAAGCACAUCUUAAACCUCAAAUUUUCUUGUAUUUGACCUACUCUGAUACUCCAAAUGAACAUAUUUCUUACUGUGACUGUUUCCUCACUUGGGAAUUGAAUAAAAUGACCUUUGGUAAACUGUCGUUUGAAGUCAAUGCGAAGUUAAAUAAAUAUAAUAAUUUAAAAAAAAAAAUUGUUACAAAGUUUACACUUUUUUUUCCCCUCACCUACUUCCUUUUUAAAUUGCGUCAAUAUUAACCUACAUUAGUUGCCAUGUAUGUAAAAAUCACAUUUUUAUUUCUGUAGUCAACUUUUUGAGAGACAAUGAAACAUUUGUCAUCAUGCUACAUUGUUUUUACAGUUAUUGCUUGAAUUUAUAAGUAGUACUCGUGUUAGUUGUAUGUGAAUAACUUUUUAUUAUUAUUAUUUUUAAUUUUCUUUAAAUGCAUUUUAUGCCCUUUAUUUUACUGAGCAGUCCAAUCAUUUUUAGGUGAUUGGCACACUUAAGUGGCAGCAAAAUAGUUUUUCUCCUAAAGUCCAAAUUGUACUAUGCACUUUUGGGCUAUUCGACUUCAGUGAUUCCAUUUUAUUUAAUGCAGUCAAAUACUUAGGCGAGUAACCUGUAGAAUAAGGCACUUUGAUGAACAUCAGUGUUAAUUUACCAAACUAAAAAUAAGCAGAUUAUUUUUGAUGAAUCUGUUUUCUUGUUCGUAUAAAAUUUUUAUUCUUUGUAAGGGGGAUGAAGUUAUCUCAUGCAACUUCAUCUGCAAAUGAACCGCUGGAUUGCGGCUGGAAGGUGCUUGAUCAUCAGAAUUAUUAUUGUCUCAAUUCAGGUGUGACAUGAUGUGCUCAAGACAUAUUUAAAAUACUGUAUAUCAGUGCUCAAUGUCCCCUUUUUUGUUCUUGGACUGCUCAUUUUGCUGUGUACAGAAAAAAAUAACUAUUUACACUGAUUAACAUGGUUUUUGAUUUAUUUUAGUUUGGGGGGGGCUCGUUUUGACAAAAAAAAUAAACCAUUUUUCUGUUUGCCAAGUUUUCUAUCCCUUGUAUACAAUCCUACUAUGUAAGUAGUAGUAUGAUGCAAAUGAGGAGGAGGUGUUGAAUUCUUUGAGGAAGUGGGAGUAAAAGUUGUUAGGUGGAUAGCAUCUAUCUGAUAUUGUGCUUCCGAAACUGUACUGUUUGAGACAGCGUUGUAAAUAAAGCUUGUAUUUAAAUAUAUUUUGUAUGUCUAAAUUUAUAUUGGUCGAGCUAUUUAAUGGGAGCACCCUCUUUUGUGUCACUCACAAUUUUAAGGGAUGGGAGAAGUGCUUUGGCCAUUAAAAAUGGUGGCCUCACCAGACUGUCAUGUGUCUCAAUUUAUGACUAUUACUGUAUUAUUAUUUUUGUAUUAUUAUUUUGUAUUAUAUUAUUAUUGUAUUAAGUAUUAUUUCAAUAUUGAUGGAGACACAAUUGGGUUUAAGAGCAUGUGCUUGAGCGCCACUAGGGGUCGUACUUUGCCCAACGUGCUGGGGCUUUAUCAACAACAUAGGAGAUUCAUUAAUAUCAGUUUGACUGUACAGCAGGGGUGAAAGUGGGCCAGAACGGUCAGGAACGCAGUUCGGUAUAAGAUUCAGGGCUGGAACGUAGUUCCGGUAUAAGAUUCAAGGCCGGAGCGCUGUUCCGGUAUGCAGUGGCGGAGCUAGACUUUUAUUCUUGGGGUGGCCAGGGGGUGGCCGAGGCUAUUUCAGGGGGUCCACAGACUAUAACUAUACAUUUGUUUCUUGACUUAUCAAUUGCAAUCAGAGUGUCAAAUGUUGAAAUGUACAUACUAAGCACACAGGUGAUGAGAUUUAUGUAUAUAAUUUGUUUAUUAACUUGAUAACUCUUUUUUACAAAAAUGGUGAAAAUGCACCAACACAUUCACAGUUACUCAUACGCCCCCCCCCCCCCCUUCUCUCUUAUCAACAUCUUAACGAUGUAAAAAAUGUAAAACACAACUUGGUAACAACUUUUCAAUCAGUCAUUAAUAAUAUCUAUUUUUUACAAAAAUGGUGAAAAUGCACCAAAUCUUCGCCCCCUGCCUUUUCAUUCUGAACUGUCCCUAUGAAACAAUGAGCCAGUCCUGUUAACGUUACUCCUAGCAUCACUCAUAACCACACAAUGUUGGUAAAUGAUUAAAUCCCUACUUCAAGCCUUAAAAAAUUCAGGGCAAAUAAACCACCGUAGACGUAAAUUUAAUAUUCUGACUUUUAAGCUAGUUGACAGCAGGCCCGGCCAACUACCGUGUUCACGUGACGUUUCAUUUAAGGCAAGAGAGCAUGAGACAGCUGGCUAAUGCUCUACAAUUAUUGGAGAAACAUGUAUGUAAAUAGCGACCCAAAUGAAUUAAAUAUAGACGUUAAUAUCGAGCGGCUGUUGGAAGCUGGACGACAUGAGAUAACGUUAACAUUUGCUUGAUGCCGUGGCUCUCUGUUUUAGCGACAACAAAAAAUCUCCUUCCUACAAAUUUAAACAUUGACUCAUAAGGACACCAGCAUAAAACUUAUAUUACGACGAGGAUUUCAGUGGCUUGAAGGCAGGGUAUCCAAGUUCGUCUCCUUGUUUGUUCUUGUCACUUUGUUUAUCUUCCGUGUUCUGUUCUGUCAACGAUGACCAAGUACUCAAAUCUUAAAUCUUCCUCCGUUUCAGUGGCGAUUCUUCUUCUCCUCAUGAAAGCGAAUUUGCAACGCUUUAUGGUACAUGGCGCCAACUACUGUACAGGAAGGACUUAGCAGUUGGUGCCGCGAUAUGUCAUUGUCAAUCAUCUGGGGUGGCACCUGGGGGGUCCAAUCAGAUUUUAGGGGGGUCCAGUGCUACCCUGGCCCCCCCUCUAGCUCCGCCACUGCCGGUAUACGAUUCAAGGCCGGAGCACUUUUCCGGUAUAAGAUUCAGGGCCGGAACGCUGUUCCGGUACAAGAUUCAGGGCCGGAAUGUUGUUCCAGUACACGGUGCUUUGAUUCCGAAAAUAUGACGGCAACUGUCAAAACUCUAUAUUAAAAAAAAAAAAAAACAAGCCAAGUUGCCACACAUGCAUUUCAUCUCCAAGAACAAAACUAUCUACCAACAUCAGCUAUCAGCUUUACAUACACAAGUGUUAACAACAAGCAUAAUAAAGUGCUUGUGUAGUGUAAUCCCUUUCCACCAAUAUUUAUUAUUUAUUCUAUUCCACGGACGGCAUGGAGGUUUCCCCAGCGGCUGCAGUUAUCUGAGUCUGACGAUGAUGAGUCACGUCAUUGUGAAACAUCAAACUUCAAUUUUAAUAUACAUCCUAUGUUCUUAAGUAGUUAAAAUUGAAAUAUGGCAUUUAGUAUGUGAGGAAAUGAGGAAAAAUAAAAAAUAGGAGAUGGAGGUUGGGGUUAUUGCUGUUUUAACUUUUAUUAUGCAAAUCAUUGAAAAAAAUACAAUUUUGAAUGAAAAUAAGUUUUUGUAUGUGUUAUAGGAAUACCUGUGAGU